AUGCCUCAAUCAUCCUGGCAGGACAUCGCCGCCCGCAAACGUGCCGAGCGAGACUCCAAAAUCCCUCCGGAAUGGCUUCUCUCAGAGUCACUCCCUCCUGGGACCAGGCCGAUAGACUAUCUUCCUCGAUGCGGAAUCCUCUCAGAGAAGGAUCUCGCCUUCACAAGUCCCGCUCGAGACGCCACUGAAUUGCUCUCGCUGCUAUCUGCCGGUCAAGUGACGGCUGAGGAUGUCGUUCGGUCAUUCUGCAAACGCGCCGCCGUUGCGCAGCAGCUGACCAUCUGCUUGACGGAAAUCAUGUUUGAAGAAGCCGUCGCCCGAGCCAAGUGGCUGGAUGCCGAGUACAAGAGACGCGGGAGAACUGUCGGACCUCUCCACGGCCUUCCGAUCAGCGUCAAGGACCAAUUCUUUAUCAAAGGAUACGACAGCUCGCUGGGAAUUACGUCCCUCUGCUUCCGACCCGCCAGAUCAACGAGUCAAGCUGUCCAGAUGCUGCUCAACGCCGGCUGUGUUAUUAUCGCCAAGACAACGGUUCCCCAGACCGUCUUGACUGCGGACACCGACUCAAUCGUUUUCGGCCGUACCCUGAAUCCCCAUCAUGCUGAGUUUGGAGCAGGCGGAUCCUCAGGAGGCGAAGCCGCACUGAUUGCCAUGGGCGGCUCUGCCCUGGGGCUGGGAACAGAUGCGGCGGGAAGUGUGCGGAUUCCAGCUGCAGUAUGCGGCGUCGUCGGAUAUAAGCCCAGCGCGUACAGAAUCCCAAUUGACGGCCAGAGAAUCCUGGGCAAGGGCAUCAUGGGAACAACGGCUCUGGGACCUCCGGCGGUCUCUGGAUUUCUUGCCAGGUCAGUGAGAGACGCGAGGCUCGCGGCCAGGGUCAUGGCGAGUGCGGAGCCGUGGAACGACAGCCCGUUCAUAUACCCUCAUCCGUGGAUGCAGAUUACGUGCCCCAGUAAGCCUCGCAUCGGCGUCUGGCUCAAGACUGACGUGGUCCAUCUUCAUCCACCGGUCGAGCGAGGUCUCCGAAUUGCGUGUGACAGGCUUAGGAGAGCUGGAUACGAGGUGGUUGAGCUGUCGCCCCCUCCGUUUCAACAAGCGUGGGAUGUCCACCGCGAGGUUGGCGAGUUUAUGGAUCUGUCCCAUAUGCGCAAACUGCUCGAAUCUGAGCCGCACACCAAGAUCGUCCAAGAGACCGGAGCAAUAACUCCCAGGUUGAAGCAGCCAAACCCGACGGUCCAAUAUCUACAUGAGCUCAACUUCCAGAUCAUCCGCAUAGCCAUGCAGAUGAAGGGGUUCUGGCGACCGGACGGCGGCAGACCCCUUGAUGGCAUCCUGUUUGCCAAUGCACCGCAUACGGCCGUGCCGUUUGACAAGUUUACCUGGCUUGCCUUUACGAGUAUCAUGAACGUCGUCGACUGGACGGGUAUUUCGAUACCCUUGAAUGAGUCUGUGGACAAGAGCCUGGACGUCGGGAUGCCACUUGAGGAUUGCUACAGUGACUUGGACCGAUCAAUCCAGGAGCUAUAUGACGCCGAGAAGUUCCACGGCUUGCCGCUGGCAGUACAGUUGGUCGGGCAAAGAUUUGAAGACGAGAAGCUCCUUGCUCUAGCAGACGAACUUCAUCAUGUCUUGACUCAGAGGGGGCAAUCCAAGCUGUGA